CUGCGGAUGGUCUAAACAAAACAAGACAAAAACCCUGGUGCCAUCUUCCCGCUCAAUUUCAAAGAAACCCCCUUUCCCGUCUCCCUGCCUAGGGUUCCUCUCUCUCUCCAUUUAUCCCUUUUGACUCUGAUUCGAUGAGCACUCCAAUGGAGAUCUCUCUGCAGAACCCCACCACCGGCGGCGACAUUUCGGAGCAUAACGGCGGCAACGCCUCCGAGCAAAACGGCGCCGUCACGGAGGCGGCAGUUCCCUCUCCUAUUUUCAGCGAAGACAAAUUUCUCGUCUCAGUUGAAGUUUGCUUAAAGCCCUCUAGCACAGCUCGAAUUGAAGAUGUUCGCUCAUCUGUUGAGAGAAUGCUUGAAAAUCGGAGUUUAAGUUAUGUGGACGGUCCAGUACCAGUCCCUCUGGACGAUUCAUUCCUCGUGGAGAAUGUACAAAGAAUCUGCAUUUGUGACACGGAUGAAUGGGUGGAGAACCAUGAUAUUCUUCUGUUUUGGCAAGUCAAACCUGUUGUACAUGUCUUUCAGCUUAGCGAGGAAGGACCAUGUGAAGAACUUAGUGAAGAUGGACAACAUUCUACCUUUAAUGAAUGGAUUCUUCCUGCAAAAGAAUUCGACGGAAUGUGGGACAGCCUGAUAUACGAAUCUGGUCUCAAGCAGAGGUUGUUGCGGUACGCAGCAAGUGCUUUGCUCUUUAGUGAAAAAGGUGUUGAUCCUUUUCUUAUAUCAUGGAACCGCAUUAUUCUUCUACAUGGACCUCCUGGUACAGGAAAGACAUCUUUGUGCAAAGCACUUGCUCAGAAACUAUCUAUACGCUUCAGCUCCAGAUACCCACAAUGUCAACUGGUUGAAGUUAAUGCGCAUUCUUUGUUCAGUAAAUGGUUUUCUGAAAGUGGCAAGUUGGUUGCAAAGCUUUUCCAAAAAAUUCAGGAAAUGGUUGAGGAAGAAAAUAAUCUGGUAUUUGUUUUGAUUGAUGAAGUCGAAAGCCUUGCUGCUGCUAGAAAGGCUGCCUUGUCUGGUUCUGAACCUUCAGACUCUAUACGGGUUGUGAAUGCUCUACUUACCCAGAUGGACAAAUUGAAAUCCUCACCAAAUGUGAUUAUUCUCACAACGUCCAAUAUCACUGCUGCUAUUGAUAUAGCUUUUGUGGAUCGUGCCGAUAUCAAAGCGUAUGUAGGUCCUCCAACUCUUCAAGCGCGUUAUGAAAUACUAAGGUCCUGCUUGCAGGAGCUGUUAAGAACAGGAAUCUUAUCAAAUUCCCAGGAUUGCAAUGAUCUCAUUCUUCCUAAUUAUGCUAGCUCAAAAGAGAAGUUAAAUAUGCCGACACAUGACACUCAAGCCCCAACAGAUCUUUCAAAACAACUCAUUGAAGCCGCGGAAGCCUGUGAGGGGAUGAGUGGCAGAUCAUUAAGAAAGCUUCCGUUCUUAGCACACGGGGCUUUUGCCAGUCCUUACAACUGUGACCCUGCCAAAUUCUUGUGUGCAAUGGUAGAUACUGCUAGAAGAGAACGUUCGGAGCUGCCUGAGUAAUGAUCUGGACGCAAAUUUCGCAAAAUCUGGUGUAUUGUUCAUAUCCAAUGAAUUAUGAUCGGAGGGUUGACUCGAUGAUCGGACAAAUAGCUUUCGUUAGUGCAAGAAGCCCUGGCCAACGCAUGUAAUUUUGGCCGCAGGUAGUUGUAAGUUGUAACAGUGUCAGUAACAGAGAGAAGUGAAGGGUGUAGCCCUCAAGGUUUUUUUUUUUUUUUUUUGGUAACGGAUCUUGAAAUUCAAAUGCAUACAAUUUAGUAA